AUGCUGAAGGUGAAGUACCAGGGCAUUCGCCCUGCUCCUGGAUAUCCUUCCCAGCCUGACCACAGAGAAAAGAAGACGCUGUGGGACCUGCUGGAAGUAGACAAGUUGACGGAUGAAAAGCUGUCCCUGACCGAGUCCUACAUGAUGAUGCCAAGUGCUUCUGUAUCAGCUCUGGUCUUUGCCCAUCCAGAGGCUAGGUACUUCUCCGUGGGCCAGGUGAACGUUGAUCAAGUGCAGUCCUACGCCGAGCGCCGCGGCGAGACGGGCGUCGAGGGGACCGAACGCUGGCUUGGGAGCACUGUGUUGGGUUAUGAGAAGCGCUGCGACUUGUCUUGCAACUCCAAUUCUACCAGCUGGGUGGUUCCAAACAAGAGCUUGAUUCUGCAUGGUUGA